AUCCCGUGAGCUCCCUCUCUCCGGCCGCUGCUUCCAGGCGUUGCCGGAUGACGGACAGCUGAGGAUCCGAGACGGCGAGCUCUGCUACUAGAGUGGAGCAAACAAUCCCCACUACUUAAGAGAGGAAAGAGAGCCGGAGCGCUUCUUCACUCUUUUCUUUCCGCGGUCGGGGAGGAGUUGAUUUUCACGAGGCGCCUUCCGUGAUACCCCCUCCUUUCUCCCCCCCCCGAAUAUCCAUUUCUCGGAAGUCCUUGCAAAGAGAAGGAAAAACAAAACAAAACAGCGAAUCUAGAGGCGUUGGGACUGGGAUCUCGUGUGUUGCCCUGCCUCCAGCCGCCAGGAACCGGGGGUUAGAGGCUCCUUCCGUCGAACCUUCGGAUUCCUCCAGCUUUUCUGCUCCCCCCCCCCUCGUCGCCUCGUCGUUGGACACGUACGAGAAGAGCGGCUCUCCAUCAAUAUCACAGCCACGCGUUUCGUGGAGGGGGGGACCCUCCUCUCUUCCGAGAAAAAGAGUUUCCCCCUCCCUCUCCGCGAGUGGAGUGUGUCGGCGCUAGGUGGUGGUGGUGGAGCAGCAGCAAAAGGGGAACUUCGGGCGGAUCUGCCGUGUGGAAAAGAUCAGGUUUUCUCGCAAAACUUUGUUUUGAAGCUGCCUUUCCCUCCGCUUCCACCGACAGCAGUUCUGCUCCACUAUGUAAAAGAAAGCGCAGCAACGGCCUCCUAUCGCGACGCGGGCCCAUUCCGCCCUCCAGAGUACUCAGAUUGUGAGAAGGAGCUCCCAUUUCCUCUAGACCCAUGAUGCUAAUCCGAGAAGUCUUGCUCUUCCUUCAGUGCUGCUGGCCUCCUCUGCUGCUUCACUGGAUGCUCCAUCCUAUGUGGGGCUUCAUUCAGAUUACUCAGGGCGAACUCCAGAAGUCAUGCUCUAAACCUCUAGUAGAGAAAGCUACAGAUAAUUGCCAGCAUAUCUGCCAAUGUAGACCACCUCCAUUACCACCACCGCCACCUCCACCACCACCACCAAGGUUGCUUGGGGUUUCAUCUCCCACCGUUCCUGUUUAUCCUGCUGCAGCGCCCUGGUUAAGUCCAGCUAUAAUUAUUGCUGCAUGCUGUGCCAUACCAGUGUUCCUCUUUCUAGUUUUCAUCAUUUGCUACAAAGCCAUAAAAAGGAAACCUAUAAGAACAGAAGAGAAUGGAACAAGUCAAGCUGAAUAUGCAAUGACAUCCUGUCAAAACAGCAAGACAGUUGAUGCUAACAAUGCAGUGGCGUAAUUUCCAAAACCACCUCUUGAAUAGUAAACAUUAAAAGCACACAUGGAAUAUGCAAGGUGGGUGAAAUGCAGCAUCAAGAGAAGACUUAUGGCCGAGGACUUCAUUUCAGAAAUAGCGUGCGCUUCAGAUAUUCUGAGAAGAAAAGCAGGUGACUGCUCUUUGGCUUGCUGAGUGUCACAAAAGUGGGAUUAUACCAGGGGCUACUCUGAAAAAGGGAUCCACAGAGGCCUACACACUGCAUGCUUGUUCUUUUGAAAGCAACAUUGCAGUGUCCCUUCUUUCUUCCUCAUCUUUGAUUGACUGUUUAUUUUUUUUAAUGCUUCAGUGAUCCUUUGAUGAUUAAGAGGGCGAUCUAUUCAAGACAGUAAAAUACCAUAAUUUGGCUUGCAAAUUCAAGCUUUGCAUUUUUCUGUUUCUCUACAGUCAUUUUAAGACCCACCCUUUAUCAUGAUCAUAUUGUUAAAGUGGAAAAUCUCCAUUCACUAAAAGGGAACAUCCCUCCCUGCCCAGCUGCAUGAUUUCAUUGAAUGUAUCCCCUCCUAUACAAUCCCAUGACUAGAUAUAGAUGCCAUUACUACAGACAUAAAGGAAUCCAGAAUGUUUUAUAGCAAUUAGCUUUCCUGAUCAAAAUAAAAGUGUUGCCUAGGAUAACAUUUUAAAGUCCAGAAAUGUUUUGGGCCUUAGUGUUUAAAAAAAAUCUAUAUUUGGGUACAUCUAUUAUUAUUUUGCAGUUUUGCACAUGUAUAUCCACCACACUAAUCUAUAGAGAAGAUCUCUAGAAUGAUCUAAAAAUGUUUGACUCUGACGACAGCAACUUCUUGAAAACUUUCCUAUUCCUUGAGUAGCUCCUCCAAGCGAAUGCUAAAUAAUUUUCUGUUACAGGGAAAAAGCUGUGAUAGAUCAGUCCCCUCUUUAAUAAGGGGCUGCCAACAGUGCCAAAAUUGCUCUGUGUUGUAUCACUUUGUGAUAAAGUACCACAAACAGUUUAAAAGCAUAAUCCAACUCUCCAUUGUCACAGUGUCUUGUUAGGCACAGUCACUUUAAUUUAUAAAAGAACGUCUGAUGCCAUUACUUGUCCAUACUUUGAUUAAGAAGUUAAUAUAUGAUUUCUGUCUUUCCUUUCGUAUGCCUUCAUUUGUCACAGCUGUACCACAAAACAAAACAAAAUGAUGUGUCACAAUCUGGCUUCUUGUCUUGCUGUCAAGCUGCAGUGAUAUUCUGUCUUUGUAGAUUCAAGCAGUCUAAAAUAAGCUGUAGCAGCUCUGUAGUCUAGAAUCAUGGUAUUGUGUCAGUCCUAAGUCCUAAGAAGCUAGUUUGUUGGCUGAAUGUAGCUAGGAUUGUCUCAGAAUAGAAUUCCAGUGUAUUCCAACUUACAAUCAGUUUUUCAAAUAAGAACUGAAGAAUUCUUAAAAGUGAGGUAUGGGGCAAAUUCUCUGCAUUGAAUUCUGAUACUCCCUCACCUAGACAAAGUCACCGUAUAAUGCUGUCCCAGUUAAAUAUGAAAUAUGAUGGAUGGAUGGAUGAAAGAAAGAAUGAAUGAAUGAAUUUAGAGCCUUUGGCCAGGCAACAGUAUACAAUAAUACUUAAAAUCAAUAUAGGUAGGGCUGUUGCAGCCUCUUAAUAGCAAUAUAAAAUAUUUUUGCAACCAUUUUAGUUAUGUCUGGGCUUGUAUCUGCAAGGCAGUAAGUUACAUAAAAUAAAUAAUUUAUUCCUGGGAACCUUAAAAGUAGUGGUUAUAUUUGUUCUUUAUAUCCCAGUAGAGCAGUGGUUCUCAACCUUUUUAAUGCCGCGAUCCCCAACCGGUCGUAAGUCGAGGACUAUUCAACUGGUCGUAAGUCGUGGACUACUCAACUGGGGCAGCACCGUUUGCAGAAUGGGACU